AUGGGCACUUGCUCAGGAAAACACCCUUAAAAUGGUUCAGUUUCUAAGAACUAAAAAAACUAAUAAGACGUAGACAACAAGACCCCUUAAAAAUAUUAAAUUAAUGAUGGUAUGAAUGGAAAACUGAAAAAUAGUCUAACCAGACAUUGGAAAUUUAAUUAUAACAAGUGAGAAGUUGGGAAGAAUAACAAAGGAUUAUACACUAUUAAAUCCUCCUUUGGGUAGUGGUAUAUAUAAUUAUUUAUUGUAAUUAAAGGUGCCUAUGGAGAAGUACGAAAAGCAAUUCAUAAAAGCACUAAUCUAUUGAAAGCUGUUAAAAUAAUCCAUAAAUCUUAAACAAGCAAAGAAGAAUAAGAAAGGUUAAUGAAUGAAGUUAAACUGCUGUAAAAAUUAGUAUCACUAAUAUUUAAACUUAAAGGAUCAUCCCAAUAUCAUCAAAAUAUUUGAAUUUUAUUAGGAUGAUAGAUUUUUCUACAUUGUAACAGAAUUAUGUACUGGAGGGGAACUAUUUGAUAAAAUUAGAUCAGAGGGUAGUUUUUCGGAAAAGAAGGCUGCUGAAAUAAUGAGACAAAUAUUAUCUGCAGUUAAUUAUUGUCAUGAUGAGAAGAUUGUACAUAGGUAGUUGAAUAAUUAUAUUUGAAAAGAGAUUUGAAACCAGAAAAUCUAUUGUAUGAAUCAGAAAAAGAGAACUCUUUGCUUAAGAUUAUAGAUUUUGGUACUUCAAAAGAAUUCGUUCCAAAUUAAAAAUUGAAUUAAAAAUUAGGAACUCCUUAUUACAUAGCACCAGAGGUUCUGAAGAAAAAAUAUGAUGAAAAAUGCGAUCUAUGGUCAUGUGGUGUAAUUUUAUAUAUUCUGCUAUGUGGGUAUUAUAAUAUGAUAAAAUAAUUAAGUUAUCCACCAUUUGAUGGAAAAACAGAAGAUAAAAUAAUGGAAAAGGUUUCAAAAGGGUGCUAUUCAUUCGACACAUAAGAAUGGGAAGAGGUAUCCAAAGAGGCUAAAGACUUUAUCAAAAAAUUAUUAUAAUUGGAUCCAAGUAGAUCAGUCUUAUAGUUUUCUAGGCAAAAGAUUGAAUGCUCAUCAGGCAUUAUAAGAUCCUUGGAUUAAAAAGUUUAGCAACCCUCUUGAAUUCGAUAAGCCACUUAUGACUAAAGUAUUGACAAAUAUGAAAAAAUUUACUGCUUAAUAAAAAUUACAAGAAGCUGUUUUUAAAUUUAUUGUGAAUCAAUUAGCUACUAAAGAUGAAAAAGCAGAAUUAUUAAAAACAUUCUAAUGUCUUGAUACAAAUCAAGAUGGUAAAUUAAGUAAAGAAGAAUUAUUGGCUGGAUACUCAAAAAUUAUGAAACCUGUUGAAGCAGCAGAAGAAGUUAAUAGAAUUUUUUAAUAAGUUGAUAAAAAUAAUUCUGGAUCUAUUGAUUAUACUGGUAUCUUUUAUUAUAUAUAAAUAUAGAAUUUGUUAUUGCUACUAUUGAUAGAUAAUAAUUACUCUCUAAAUAGAGACUCCAAAUGACUUUUAGAAUGUUUGAUAAAGUAAAAUAUUCUAUAAUAUAGGAUAAAAGUGGUUUAAUUAGUAUUGAUGAAUUAAGAGAAAUAUUUAGUGGUAUCUCUGAAGAUAUGUGGAAAUAAGUGGUUUAAGAAUUUGAUUCAAAUUCUGAUGGACAAAUCUCAUUAGAAGAAUUUUUCACCAUGAUGAAAAGAAUAGAAUGAUGCC